CACCCGCUCAUUCAUGUGUCCCGCCAGAGAUCAGUGCACAGGAAUCUGAUUGCCAUGGCGAAAAACGGCGAUGGUCGAUCCGAUUCCAGGCCUGCCGAUGGGAGUAGCCCUCCCCAAGGAGGCCAUGAUGGCCUGUGGCGCGUUCCACCGGGGGCAUGGCGUGCGAUCUGCGUGGCCGGGGUGGUGGGUGCGGGAGCCAUGGUGGCUGCAUACCUGAAACACCGGGCAGAGGAACGGCAGGUGCUGGAGACUGCGAAGCUCACUGCUGUCGGGAUCAAGGACACAGUGCGUGUGAUUCGGGCAGUGGGAAAGGCCCAUGCGACCAUCAGCCAGGCAGCAGCGUCCGUUGGGGAAGCAGUUUUCUCUGUGGGGGAAGCAGUGGCCUCAGUGGGGGGGGCAGUGGAGGACGCGGCAGUGGGUGCCAGCACAGUGGGUGCUGAGGUGGCGCAGGAGGUGGCAGGCGCGGUGCAGGGGAUGGCAGAAGCCGUUCAGGAGGUGGCGGAGGCCUGGCGGCAGACCGGGUGGCAGGUGGUGGCACGGAGUGCGGAGGUGGGGAGCGGGGUGCAGGGCGCAGUGAGGGGCGCAGUGAGUGGGAGGAUCGAGACUCUGGUGGUGGAUGCUGGUGCGCGGGUGCGUGUGAAGGAAGAGGACAGCUUGUGGGGCAUGGCACGGCAACAGCAGGUGCUGGAAGCACAUGAGAUGAGGCGAGGCAAGGGGGUGAGGAGGAGGAGCAAGGGGGUGAGGAGGAGCAAGGGGGUGAGGAGGGCGCAAGGAGCUGCAGGGCAAUCUGUGUUAUGUGUGGCACCCACCAUGCUCCAUCUGCCCACCAUGCUCCAUCUGCCCACCAUGCUCCAUCUGCCCACCAUGCUCCAUCUGCCCACCAUGCUCCAUCUGCCCACCAUGCUCCAUCUGCCCACCAUGCUCCAUCUGCCCACCAUGCUCCAUCUGCCCGCCAUGCGCCAUCUGCCCGCCAUGCGCCAUCUGCCCGCCAUGCGCCAUCUGCCCACCAUGCGCCAUCUGCCCGCCAUGCGCCAUCUGCCCGCCAUGCGCCAUCUGCCCGCCAUGCGCCAUCUGCCCACCAUGCGCCAUCUGCCCGCCAUGCGCCAUCCCGCAUGGAUGCUGCACUCUCCCGUUGUGAUCCCAUCGUUGUGACCGUGGACCAUUGGAUGGCAUGCCCACAUGCGUUGCGCUGCUCUCCCUCGGGUGCCGCUGGGCGCGCUGCGGAGGGCGAACCCCCAAGUGAAAGGGCGAACCCCCAAGUGAAAGGGCGAACCCCCAAGUGAAAGGGCGAACCCCCAAGUGAAAGGGCGAACCCCCAAGUGAAAGGGCGAACCCCCAAGUGAAAGGGCGAACCCCCAAGUGAAAGGGCGAACCCCCAAGUGAAAGGGCGAACCCCCAAGUGAAAGGGCGAACCCCCAAGUGAAAGGGCGAACCCCCAAGUGAAAGGGGAUCAGGUGUUGGAGGGGACUUGCCUCGCCCUUCCACAUGUUCUAGUCAACGAGUUGGUGGAAACGCAAGUGGUGGCCUUGGAAUAGUACAACCAUAAGGCGGAUAUACGGUUACCAUAUGCUGUGUUGAGCCAUCUCUAUUCCUU